UCCUCCUCCUCCUCCUCCUCCUGCUUCCUCAACUCAUCAGCAUUUCCUUUCUCUCCAGCCAGCCUGGUCUUUUGCUGCUUCUUCUGGGAGGACUCAUUGGACAGACGGGGACUUUCCCUGUCAAAGGGAAAAGGUGUGCAUAACUCCAAGGUUGGCCUGCCUGGUCUCCAACCACAGGGAAUGACUCCACUGAAUUUUCCCUUCAUUGAAGAAACAGCAGGAAAGUUCGUCUUGGAACAGGUGACCUUUGGGGAUGUGGCUCUCUAUUUCACAGAAGAGGAAUGGAAACUCUUGGAUCAAAACCAAAAGUCUUUGUAUUACGCGGUCAUGAUGAAAAACUACGAGAAUGUGUCCUUCUUGAGAGAUAGCUGGUGGAAGACAAAGGUAAACAUGAAGUACAGGAAGUCUCUGAGUCUCGAACUGGGUCUUGCCACUCACCUCCACACCCACGAAUGCCUGCAAUGUGGGAAACACUUUGCUCACAAGUCAGACGUGCUGAGGCAUCAGAGAGUCCACACAGGAGAGAAACCCUACACAUGUCAUCAGUGUGGGAAAUGUUUUGCUUACAGUUCAGACCUCGUGAAGCAUCACAGAGUCCACACAGGAGAGAAGCCACACAAAUGUCAUCAGUGUGGGAAGUGUUUUGCUUGGAAGCCACACCUCGAGUGCCACCUCAGAAUCCACGUAGGAGAGAAACCGUUCAAAUGCCAGCAGUGUGGGAAAGGUUUUGCUCAGAAGCCACAACUUGAGAGCCACCUGAGUGUCCACACAGGAGAGAAACCACACAAAUGCCAGCAGUGUGGGAAAGAGUUUGUGCGCCAUUCAAGCCUUGUGACUCACCAGAGAGUCCACAUGGGAGAGCAACCAUACCAAUGCCAUCAGUGUGGGAAAGGUUUUCCUUACAAGUCGGAUCAUGAGCGUCACUUGAGAGUCCACACAGGAGAACAACCCUAUCAGUGCCAGCAGUGUGGGAGAUGUUUUGCUCACAAGCCACAUCUGGAGCGUCACCUGAAAAUCCACACGGGAGAGAAACCACACCAAUGCCAGCAGUGUGGGAAAGAUUUUGUUCGCCAUUCAAGCCUUAUGAUUCAUCUCCGAAUCCACACAGGAGAGAAACCAUACCAGUGCCAGCAGUGUGGGAGAUGUUUUGCUUACAAGUCAGACCUUGUGACUCAUCAGAGAGUCCACACAGGAGAGAAACCAUACACGUGCCAUCAAUGUGGGGAAUGUUUUGCUCGGAAACAAAACCUUGAGAUCCACCAAAGAGUCCAUACGGGAGAGAAAUCCUAAAAGUGGGUGGCUGUGAGUUUUUCAGGGUGUGUAUGGCUAUGUUCCGGCAGCAUUUUUGUCAUGAAUACGUUUUAAACUCAGGUUUUUAUCUAUGUUAUAUUGUAAAUGUGAUUUUGAUAUGUUUUAUUGAUUUGUUUUUACAUUGUUGUGUAACUACUGGGGCUUGGCCCCAUGUAAGCCGCCCGAGUCCCUUCGGGGAGAUGGAGGCGAGGUAUAAAAAUAAAGUUAUUAUUUUAUACAAUACUA